AAGAAAGCAGAUGCCUCUCUCUUUCAGAAAUGGGUGGCAUGUGCUGGUCUGCCAGCCACUUCUGAGUGGAUCCUACUUGCCAGAGUUCAGCCAAACAGCCCCAGGCUCUGCUGAGCACAGCAUGGAGGAUUCUCCGGCCAGGAGCGCCAGUCCAUCUGGCCUCACCUACGCCGUGGCUGCUUCGCAAGUGGUGGGCUUGGCCGUGAUCACCCUGACGGGGGCCUGGAUGGGCCAAUACCGGGGCGGCAUUGCCUGGGAUGGAUCCAAGCUGCAGUUCAAUGCCCACCCACUGUGCAUGGUCAUUGGGAUGGUCUUCCUGCAAGGAGACGCCCUCCUGGUAUAUCGGGUCUUCCGGCAUGAGAGCAAGCGCUCCACGAAGAUCCUGCAUGGGCUGCUCCACGCCCUGGCGCUGGUCAUUGCACUGGUUGGUCUGAUAGCCGUGUUCCAAUUCCACAAGAAGCAGAGCAUCCCGGACAUGUACAGCCUGCACAGCUGGUGUGGCAUCCUGGCCUUUGGCUUCUACUUUGUGCAGUGGCUGCUGGGCUGGAGCUUCUUCCUCUUCCCUGGAGCCUCCUUUUCACUUCGCAGCAGAUACAAACCACAGCAUGUCUUCUUUGGGGCUGCCCUCCUUAUCCUUUCCGUUGCCACUGCCCUGUUGGGGAUCCUAGAGGUGCUGCUCUUCAACAUCAAGGAGACUUACAGCUCCUUUGACCCGGAGGGAGUCCUGGCCAACACCUUGGGCCUCCUGCUGGUGGCUUUUGGGGCCAUUGUGGGUUACAUCUUGACACGGGAGGAGUGGCAAAGGCCCCCCUUGGCUGAGGAGAUGGCCCUGUCCAUGGAUUUCAAGACCCUCACGGAAGAGGGUAGCCCAACAAGCCCCCAAUGACGGCUGCCAUCACUGCCUGCCUGUGUUUCCAUGUGGUGUCUCUCGCUUGUCGUGCAACAUGGUGGCUGCCACCUUUCCUGCUGGGCCAUGUGUCAGCAAGCCCUCUCCAGAGGACUCUUUGCCACCCCUUUUCAUUCAGUGGCCAUUGCAAGGGCCUCCUGCCCCUGCUCUGCUCACAGGGGGUCAGUGCCUUGGUCACUCCUGUGAGCUGGGGUGUUGUGCCACUUUCCCUGUGCAGAGGGGAUUUAACAGGGACUUCCAGUUUCUGCUCUGGAAGUGGUUCCUCUCUUCCUGCUCAGUGUUAAUUAAUGGCAGCAGGACAAGGAGUCCCCUGGGGCCAUUCCCAGAAGGGGGGCUGACAGCACUCACAAAAAGGGUUCAGGGGUGUUGGGAGGGCAGCUGCAGAUUCUGUGCUGCUGGAGGCUGUGACGUCUUGCAGAGCUGCAUUAGUAAAAAACAAAAUUCUGAAGGCUUUAGACAUACACACCUUCCUUCAAUUAAUUGUCCAAUAGAUUUAAGCAAGCCUGAAUAUUUGUAGAGUUUCUCCUGUGUACACAGUGAUUAUCAGACAUAACAACUGGGAGGCUGAGGCAAGAAUGUUGCUUGUGCAAUUUUGUCUCCUCUUUCUCUACUAGCAGAUAUUUGAUUGAAAUGUUUGCUUUUUCCAACUCCAGAAAGCCCUAACAUUGACAGUCUCUCACUCAUCCUGUUUUCUGGGGUUUGGAUGCAGGCAUUUCCUCUGACGCAAACUGUAAGAAUUACUUAGCUAAGGAUGAGGACCACUAUGAGCACUCAAUAGGCACUAGGACAAUACUGAUCUUAAGUGUGAAAUUAUUUUCCUGGGGACUCCUUGCCUUAAUACAAAUACACUCUCUUGUGUACUGACCAGUAUAUAUUGUGUUUGGUGGAUGAGAUGGACUUCAAUAAAUAUUUGCAGCAAGUUCUUGAA